AUGGGUAUUCCCGGCCUUCUACAGGAGCUCGGCCCUGGAGAUCGAGUCUCCUUGGCUAAAUUAGCUAUCGACCAUUUUCAACAGACCUCACGGCCGCUCCGCAUUGCAAUCGAUGUAUCAAUCUGGCUGUUUCAGGCUCAAGCCGCUCAGGGGGGUUUAAAUCCUGAGCUGCGAGCAUUGUUUUACCGACUCGCAAGGUUGAUAUCAUUACCAGUCCAUCCGAUCUUCGUGUUUGACGGCUCAGGACGCCCUGAAUACAAGCGAGGGAAGUUGGUCAUUAGAAAUGGCAGGUCUGGUGCUUGGAAUAUCCGCUCAUCGAAGCGACUCAUUGAGCUCUUCGGGUUUCAGCACCACGACGCGCCAGGGGAAGCAGAGGCAGAAUGCGCAAAGUUACAAACAAUGGGCAUAGUUGAUGCAGCAAUGAGUAACGACAUUGACACAGUUAUGUUUGGAUCUAAGAUCACAUUUAUGAAUUUCUCAAGAGCUUCUAAAGGCCCUAGUGCCGCUACGCAUGUUAGUGUGUAUCGUCGUGAUGGGUCCGCGGCUAAUGUCCCAUUUGAUGCCGGUGGUAUGGCCUUGUUUGCGCUUCUAAGCGGAGGUGACUACUUACCGGCAGGUGUGCCGAGAUGCGGGCCCAAAUUGGCUGCCGAAAUUGCGCGUGCCGGUUUUGGCACCGAUUUGUUAGACAUCAUCACCUCCAACCCAAGGGAUUUAACUACGCCCUUGAAUGAAUGGAGAAAAAGAUUGGAUUACGAACUUUCGACGAAUGAAAGCGGGUAUUUUAAGUCUAAGCACAUGGCUGUUCGGAUACCGGAAAGCUUUCCUGACCUGCAAGUGCUAUUUGACUACAUUCAUCCACUGACUUCGUCGGAAAGAGACUUGGAGAAACUUCGAAACCUCCAAUGGAACCGAGACUUUGACGUAUCUGCACUUCGACAAUUUGUUUCUGAAGAGCUUGGGUGGAAGAGCCUUGCCGGAGCGCAUCGAUUUGUCAGGAAACUGGCACCUGCGCUCAUUUGCUACCACCUAUACGCUCAACCACAGGAUCCCCCUCGGGCCAAAGUAUCCGGCAGAAAGGACAACACUACUAUGGACGGCUUGGCAGAGAUAAAACUGCAAUUCGUUCCCGCUCAAGUUGUGGGCUUAAACUUAGAAUUAGAAUCGGAACCCUUGUCCCAAACAGAGAGUGCAGAUGUGACUGUUGAUAUGGUUGAAUCUGAUGAUGAAGACGACGGGAUCGAGAUGCUUCAUUCUACCACACAACGAGUAUUUUAUGACCCAACAAAGGAACAAACGUUCUGGGUCUUUGAGGCUCUCGUCAAAGUAGGUAUGCCAGACGCGAUACAACAGUGGCAAGACGAGCAGGAGCGGAAAAAGCUGGCAGCUUCCAAGCCUCAAGUUUCUAAAAAGGGAGCUAGGGGUACAAAGAAAGUUGUGGAUGCUGGAAUGGCGCCAGGGGCGCUUCAUCGAUAUGGCACCAUUGUGAAGCCCCAGCUACGGACGUCUACAGCUCUUGGAAAAUCUGGCAGGUCUACGAUUGAAAGGCGGAAUCAAACUGGCGAAGGCCGUCGUGACUCUAUGAGCAAUCAUACACAGAGGACGAUUGCAGACUGCACUGCCUUUGCUGUUCGAAGCACAAAAAGCGGAACGUCCUCAUUCUCCAGGGAGCCGAAGCCUGCAAGGAAAGUUGAUCACCCAACUUCCAGCGACAUCGAAGCAGCUAUGGCUCUCGGAGACAGUGACGAAGGUAGAUUGCCGUGUUCCACAAACCCAAAGGACGAUUCUAACCAUUCUCACUCUCUCAGAGCCCUGGAUUUACUAGAGACGGAGUUCCAAUCUAUUACAAUCUCUUCUUCAUCUGACGAAGGCUCGUCUCGGGCUGAACGAAGAGGAAAGGCUAGCCCUGUAAAAGGCAGAUCAAAAGCCUCGAAGUCAAGGGAAACACGCAACAAGUUGGGCCCGUCGAAAUUCAACACGACCCAUUUGUCUCCACAAGCCUCCGUAUCGUCAUCAGACACCUCAUUGAUCAAGGAAGCGCGUGCUACUCCAAAGCAGUCCGCACAGCCUAUAUUGAAGCCUCCAUGUGAAGGGAAAAACCUGAAAUCCCUGGACUCGUUACUGGUCGACGACUUCCAAGGACUAUCCAUUCAAGACGAGAAUUCAUUGCAGUCCACUGAAGCACCCAGCGAGCAAACGACACAUAUACACCUGCAAGAUAUAAACAUUUGGAACGGCUUUUGGACGCACACACCCGGAGUUCGUUCUAAAGAUACUUCGUUAGCAAACUACUGCGAUAAAGCGCCAACCCAGUCCAAGUCAAGCAAACAAAAGAAGCAUGCCGGGCGGAUCAGCAUCCUAGAUCUAACUUGA